AUAGCUGGUGCAGCCGCCGCUUCUUCCAGCUAGCUGGGAAACAGGGGCUUCUCUGCCGCCCUCGCCGCAUCUGGUCCUUUCUGCCAGGAGCGUGCGAUCCUCCGGCAGCUGAGGACCGCUCCUCAGCCAGCCAAAGAGGGGGUGGGGUAGAGUAGAUCCACACCCCACACCCCCAGCUAUUGAAAUCUACUCGAUCGGCAGGCGAUCGCCGCAGUAGCGGCGGCCACAAGCGCAGAGGCGCGAUGGUUUGCGGCGGCUUCUCCUGCUCCAAGAACUGCCUGUGCGCCCUCAACCUGCUCUAUACGGUGAGUGGAGGCGCACGUCGAGGGGAGCCGGGCGGGGCGCGCCUCCCUGGCCCACGCGGGGAGCCUGGCGCGCCUCUUUUCCCUCGCCGCCCGGAGGCGUUCGGCCCCACCUCUCCCUUUCUCCGGUGGGUCGGGAAAGGGCCACCUUUGAGGCCUGGGCGGUCGCCAAGCGGAGCCUCCCGAGUUGGCCUGGGAAACCGGGUAGCCAACGGCCCCUGAAAAGCCGCCCGGCCCCUUAGGCGCGCCGGCUGCACCUGUUGGGGUGAGGCGGAGGAAGGGGCCAGCUUGCAAUCCGCUCCCUUUCUCCGCCUUGACGCUGGUGUAAAGGGCUGCGUGGCCACAAGCCUGGUUUUUUUUGGGGGGGGGGUCCCUUUUCCGGAAGCGAGCUCCUCGCUUGGUUUUUUUGGGUGGCGCUGAAAUUUCCCCCAUCGAGUUUGCCCACCUUGCCCCUAUGCCUUUAACACGAGUGCAGAGCAGGCAGUAAUAAUUCAGCGUGGUCUCUCCCCCUCCCAACAGUGGGGGAAGCUUCACUUGUUGAGCUUCUGCCUGCUAGGCAUCGGUUUCCAGGAACAAGCAGACACCUGCCAGGAGAAAAUGGCAAAAGGGGUGCUGUGGGUCAUAUUAAGCUGGAAAAUCUUCCAUGACGUAGCCUUAUAUUCAAAAAAAGAACUGGGCCAGGCAGCAGGUAAACUUGACAUCUACCUUUCCCCCUUAGCUCUUAUCCUUUACAUGCCAUGUUUACUACACCUGCCAGGUGAGGAAGUCAAUUCUGCCCUGUGAACCUUAUAAACUCCCUAGUUUCCAAGGUACUGCAGGAUGUUAGCUGCAAUCCUUUCUAGCACUUACCUGGGAGUAAAUUUCACUGAACUGGAUGGAACUGAGUAGACAUGCUUAGGAUUGUGAUGCCUGCCUUGCUUUUCCCCCUUUGUUUUGUUGUUUCAAAAUAGUAACAUAUCAAUACUAUGGAAAAGGGUCUCUUACGUUUCUGAUUAUGUUGAUAUAUUUUUUUGAAUGCCACAGGCUUUAUUAAUCUCUUGAACCUAUUUUACAUAUUCAAUCCCUUUCACUUUAAAACACAUAAAGAAAAGUAAUUUCCUCCUAAGUUUAAGUGUUGUGCUUUUGUUUAGGAAGCUUGCCUAUAAGCCAUGUGAUCACAGCUUUUAUUCUUUGUUUCCCUGAUGUGGCAGCAGUGAACUCUUUAAUCUGUUUAAGAUGCCCUGUAUCUCUGUGUUUUGACUGGGACUGUAGGUUGGACAAAACUUUUGUCUGCUUUCUUAAAAACAAAACUGCUGGUAUGGAUCCCUAAGUGCAGUUGUAUUUGAAAGUAAGCUCCAUUGAAAUCAGUGGAAGCUACUUCUGGCUAACUGAGCCAGAAGUAGGAACCUACGCACUUAAGUGGGCCAGAAUUACUUUAGUUUACAAAAUGCUUUACAGUCUUUGCUGUUACUUCAUAUAGUGCCGGGGUCUCCAAGACGGUGCCCAUGUGAAAUGGAUAUUUUGAGCUGCCAGUGGAAGUUCCUUAAGCUUCCAAAUAUGUCUCCGGCCCCCAAAAGAUUGAGGACUGGUAUAGCACAACGGUAAUUUAGGAUUGAACAGAAUUAAUCAGUCAUUAUUAUUUUCUAGGAAAAAAUGGUGCUGGUACUUACCACAAAGUUGUUACAGCAAGUGCCAUACUUUUAACAUUUGAAGAAAAAAGUGCUGGUACUACUUAGCCCUGAGUACGCCCCCCACUCCCACCCAAAAGCACUGGAAUUAGGGCACAGACCAUAUCAAAAUAGAACAGGAUAAAAUACUGUACAACGUGAUAUCCGUCUGGAAGUGAAACAUGUUUAAACAGUUAAUCUACAGAAAUUGCUGUUGCAAAAUGUGACACUGGAUCAUACAUAGCUUAAAUGACUUUAAAAGGGAGUUGGGCAAAUUCUCUCCAUAGGCGGUCAGUGGCCGCAAGUCAGGAUCAAUAUACAUCCCACUUCCAGGUUCAGAGAUUAGAUUGAGUCUGAAUACUAGUUGCUAGGGAGUGGGCAGUUGCCUUCAUGACCUGCUUGUGGACUUAGAGAAGUCCAUUGGUUGACUGCUGUGGAAGACAUUCUCCUGGAGUAGAUAGACUUCAUAUGAACUACCUUAGAGUAAUCUCACAUUCCACAGACGCUUCCACAAACAGAAUUGGUGGAUCCCUGUGCCCACUUCUUACAGCAGUUGCUCCCCCCCCCCCAAAUAAUCAGGGCCAUCUUUAGCAUAUGCGCCACCGGAGGGCAAAGAUCUGCCCAGUGCCCCCAAACAUAGUUUUGCCACCCCAAAAUUAACUUUUAUUGAGUUUUUUGGGGGAAGGGGGGAAGCCAAAGUUGUUGACCUUUUUUUAGGGGGGGCCAACUCACAGUUGUUAAGCUUUUUGGCUGCAGUAAUCCCUUGGAAUUGUUGUUAAGCUCACCUGUAACAAUGACGAAUUGGAAAAAAACGCUUUUGUUUCCUGACUUGUCGGGAAUAUUUGACGCUACGGAGUAACAGAGCAACGGGGGGGGGGGAGGAGACUUUUGUUCCAUUGUACCCCUGAGUAAAGAUGGCCCUGUAAAUUAUGAUGGUUACAUUUGGGAAACAAUAUUAGUCCUGCAAUGCAGUAACAUCACUUUCUGAAUUGCAUCCUAAAAAAACAAGCUCAAGUAUUGUUACCCUAGAGAAUAAUACUGCUUCAAGUCUUCCCAUGUGUACACUUACCAGCAUCAGUCAUGGUCAAGAGAGAGGCACCCCUAGCUUUAAAAAGAAAAAAAGACAAACUUUAAAGGAAAAGAACUAAAAGGAAAAUCCAAAAGGAACCAAACUAAAAAGGGAAAGCUGAAAGGAAUCAGAAAAGUUAAGGCAGUGCAUAAUCCUGAGAGUCUGAGAGGAAGCAUACUGACAACUGAGUUGGAGGGGGAAUAGAAUGAAGUGGCAGGAAAGAAAGGAGGCAAAAAAGAUAUGUAGAAAGAAUAUUUGCAUAGGUCUUUCCUUGGUCCACACUGAAAAAUGUCCUCAGGGACAGAACAGAGAGUUCUCCAUAGACAUUGACGGACAUAUCCAAGAUUUUAAUGUAACUGGUGGACUUUUUUUCCCUCAGGGUGGGGAGGAAGCCAAAAUGGAAGACAGAGGAGACAGUCAACUAAAAAUAUGCCAGUGAGACUUUAGAGCAGUCUUUCUCAACAUUGAGUCCCCAGAUGUCCCCUAGCUAGCAAGACCCAAUGGUCAGGGAUGAGAAAGGUUGAGAAAGGCUGCCUUAAAGUGGUAUGAGAUGCUGACUGACUGACUGGAGGAGUAGAGGAAAGCCUGGGGUGGAUACAAUGGAGCAGGAUCUCACCUGUGCUAUUAGAAAAAGAAAAAGCUGACCAUGCUGUGUCAGCCAGGGGUGUAUCCCUUCCAAGGACGUUCUUCGUAAAAUGUCAAAAGCCACACCGUACACUACAUCCUGACACAAACAUGUGAAAACAUCACAGAUACAUGUACGGUAUGUGAUUUGGACACUGUGGGCAAGGAUGUAACCAUGGCAAAGGUGCAUACCUUGCCCCGUAAUGUGUGGAACAUCUCCGGGUCUGGCCAUUCGUCAUCUGCUAGGCAUUUAAUUACGGGACGCGUAAGUUACACCUGUCAGCUCAGUUUGAUUACCUGCCUUUAUGUACUUGGAGCAGGGAACUGGAGUAGGCAGGGGAACAAGAUCAAGGAGACUGGUAAACAAGGUGUUUGAAUAAUGCUGGACUCCGGAGAGCUAUUUAGGGAUUUCCAAGGGAUUACUGCAGCCAUUUGAAGUUAAAAUUUGAUACUGGUUAAAAAUCCGGACGCUUGAGUAGUUUUUGAAAUUAAUUAACUAGAAGAAUCGCGGCAUUCUUUAUAGCACUCAGGGUGGGCUGCAAUAAUGUAAAUGAUAAUAUCAGGUUGUGCUGGAGCAGCUCUGUUGGUUAGAGCGUGGUGCUGGUAACACCAAGGUUGCAGGUUCGAUCCCCGUGUGGGAUAGCUGCAUAUUCCUGCAUUGCAGGGGGUUGGACUUGAUGAUCCUCAGGGUCCCUUCCAACUCUAGGAUUCUAUGUUGAAAUGCUGGGAGAAAAAUAAAACAACACUACAAUUAAACAACGGAAGAGCAAUAACGUUGUUAUCUGCUGUACCUGUCUGCCUAGAAACAGGAUGGGGUGGGUGGGUGGGUGGUAUCCAUCCCUUGAAAAGAUCUUAACAGGGCAUGUUAAAUGUCUGCAGGAAUACACUCCUGAGGGAUUCCUGCUAUCUUGGCAGGGGCACAGAGUAAGCCCUCUGCUGUGUCCAGUUGUGCAGGGGUGGGGAAUCUUUGACCGAAGGACCCCUCCAGGACUUUGAAACUGGCCCUUGGGACUCUCUAAGCCUUGCCUCCUCCCAGACCACCCUCCUCAUUCCUCAUAAACCCUCAAGUGUUUUUGCCUGGCUGGAAUGUGUCCUUGAACUGCGAUGCGUAUCUAGAAGCUCCUGACUUUUGCAUGGGCGGAAUGUAGCUUUCCGUCCAAGGGUGAGUCACAUCCUUUGCUCUGCCCCUGUUUACUUUUCACCCAGCCUACUUUUGCUUCUGGCCCUGCCUGCCACACUGGCAGGUUCCCCACCUGCCACUCCAACUCCCCCAGAAGGUUUUCAUGGGGGAUUGUGGCCCUCUGACCUAAAAAUGUCACUCCCCUCCCUGCAGUUGUGCUUCAAAAACAAAACAAAAACAAAAAAACUAGUCUGCUCAACAGCUCUUAUGGAGUAAACAGGCUUGUAUGGCAGAAUAAUCGUAUAUAAGUAGUGUUUUACCUUCACAGCACCAGGUUAGGCUCAUAUAGACAGACUGUAUGUAAGGAGCCAUCGUUCAAUGGGUAGAGGACCAUGCUUUGCGUGCUGAAAAUGGCUGGAGUGGGAUGGGGGAAUCAGGUAAUAAGUGAUGGGAAGGAAUCACUAGCACACGCAUCCCCAAACUUGGCCUUCCAGAUAUUUUGGGACUACAGUUCCCAUCAUCCCUGACCACUGGUCCUGUUAGAAGAAGAGGAGGAGUUUGGAUUUGAUAUCCUGCUUUAUCACUACCUGAAGGAGCCUCAAAGUGGCUAACAUUCUCCUUUCCCUUCCUCCCCCACAACAAACACUCUGUGAGGUGAGUGGGGCUGAGAGACUUCAGAGAAGUGUGACUAGCCCAAGGUCACCCAGCAGCUGCAUGUGGAGGAGCGGAGACAUGAACCCGGUUCCCCAGAUUAUUGAGACUUCUGCUCUUAACCACUACACCACACUGGCUAGGGAUGAUGGGAGUUGUAGUCCCAAAACAUCUGGAGGACCGAGUUUGGGGGUGCCUGCACUAGCAGAUGUUCUCCAGGGUCUCAGAGUCUGUAAUGCAAGGCUACAUGGAUAAAGAGCCUGACCUGAAAUAGGGACCUCUCUAAUUUCUGUGGUAAUCUUGUGAGCUUUGUAUCUGAAUUGGCUGAGUAUGAGUUGUAUCCUUUUCAAGGCACCCUAGAAUGCACCUCAUGGAGAACUCCCUGCUUCAUUGGUGCCCUUUGCAACAUGGAUGCUCUGGACAGCUGCUUUGGGUGCUUGUACCUAAUUUCUAGUUCUGGUUACUUAACACCCGACUUGGGUUGGCUUUACUGCUGGGAGUCAAGCCCUUUAAAAAAGAAAGAACCGUUUAUUAUGACUUUACAUAUCAAAGAAAAACAAACAAAGAAACAAAACUCAGAGCUUAUAUACACCUACUUGGUUACAGCAAAUGUAAGAGAAAAACAUGUAGCUGACAGAAAAUGUUUCACAAAUGUACAGGCCACAACACAUACAAAAAUAGACACUAACUGAAACAAUUGGGGAACCCUCAUAGAAGUACUCAACCAGCCAAACGUAAAAAGAAGAAAAUUAACUCAGUCCUCCUAUAAUAUCUGCGUAAAGCCCCACAUGAGUUGAUGAAGGAAGUCCUAAUCAUGCCCUUUCCCCAAAACAUAAUAAAUUAAACUAACCAUUGUACACGAACACACACAAACAUUUUCCCCUCUCCUUGGAUUUUCCCCCUCAGCUGGCAAGUAAGUUUUUCCGUAAGGGAUUCCCAUGUGGGGGAUUCCCUGGUCUUGAAUGGGGUAACUGUGCCCCUGAAGGACCAGGUGUGCAGCCUGGGAGUCAUUUUGGACUCACAGCUGUCCAUGGAGGCGCAGGUUAACUCUUUGUCCAGGGCAGCUGUAUACCAGCUCCACCUGGUACGCAGGCUAAGACCUUACCUGCCCGCGAACUGUCUCGCCAGAGCGGUGCAUGCUCUAGUUAUCUCACGCUUGGACUACUGCAACGCGCUCUGCGUGGGGCAACCUUUGAAGGUGACCCGGAAACUGCAAUUAAUCCAGAAUGCGGCAGCUAGACUGGUGACUGGCAGUGGCCGCCGGGACCACAUAACACCGGUUCUGAGAGAUCUGCAUUGGCUCCCAGUACAUUUCCGAGCAUGAUUCAAAGUGUUGGUGCUGAUCUUUAAAGCCCUAAAUGUCCUCGGUCCUGAAUACCUGAAGGAGCGUCUCCACCCCCAUUGUUCAGCCCGGACACUGAGAUCCAGCGCUGAGGGCCUUCUGGCGGUUCCCUCAUUGCGAGAAGUGAGGCUGCAGGGAACCAGACAGAGGGCCUUCUCGGUAGUGGCACCCACCCUGUGGAACGCCCUCCCAUCAGAUGUCAAAGAGAUAAACAACUACCUGACAUUCAGAAGACAUCCUAAGGCAGGAAAGUUUUUAAUAUGUAACGCUGUACUGUUUUUAACACUUGAUUGGGAGCCGCCCAGAGUGGCUGGGGAAACUCAGCCAGAUGGGCGGGGUAUAAAUAAUAAAUUAUAUAAGGGUCAGGGCCAAGCCUUUCUGAUGUAGUUGCUGCACCCGCAGCCUGAGUUUGAUUGGAACAUGGCAUAGACCUGCUAGUUUCCUUGAGGAAGCUUCUGUUGUGCUGUAACAUAAUAGCCGUUCAUGCACACGGACAGGUGGAACAUUUGGCAUCAAUAAUGGAUUGAGCUAAACCAGGCAUGUCCAAAGUUUGUUUCGUGGCCCUAAUCCUGCCCCCACGGCCCUUCACUUCAUCAAAUCUGGCCCUCUUUGAAAAAGUUUGGACACCACUGAGCUAAACCAUUCCUUCCUUUAGGCAAAGUGGGUAGGGGCACAUUCGUGACUGGCUUGCACAACUGGAUAAGUGGUUUAGGCAAUUUUUUAGAGCGGGGACGGAGAAUGGUUUUCAGCCAGAAGGCCACAUUUCCUUCUUGGCAACCUUUCAAGGACCACAUGUCAGUGAAUGCCAGAGGCAAAAAUGUGCCGAGAAACCAAUGUAAAUGUUACCUUUAUACGGUAGACUAGUUUCUACGCACAUUCUCACAUCCCUCUGUGUCCAGGAAAGCAAGAAAUCAUUAGUGUUUUGCUACACAUUUCAGUCAGAGGGGAAAACACAGGGUGUGAAGCAGAGCAGGGGGGAUUUGUGGCCUGAGGAGACUUCUGAGGGUCCCAUUCAGCCUCCAGCUCUGCAGUUCCCUGCCACUGCUUCAGAUGGUUGCAGAUUUCAGAUUUUUCUAGCUUAUGUUGCAAGAAAAAUGUUUCUAAUAAGUGUUUGUUGCUUAUUUAGGCUGUGGUCCUAUGCUUGGGAGUGUGUUGUUGAACACAGUACCCAUUUACUUGAGAGUAAGCCACCACUGAAUUCAGUGGAGUUUUCUACAGCAUUAGUAUGGAUUGACCUAUAAGAAUCACCAAAUCUCCAAUUUUGUUAUCAAGCGGUGAGCAUGUUACUCAAGAGACUGUAUGGUGGUUCUUGGCUUUUAUUUUGGAAACUUGGGGACCUUUUUACCAAUUUUGCUUUAAAAGAAGUAAUUCUUGCGCAGAAAUCACUGGGAGCUUUCAAAGGCGAUGUGACAGGCGAAUGUAAAAAAUGUGACUGCUGUUCACGUGUGUAUAUUUAGGCUCCUAAUGGAGUACCGUAUUUUUCGCUCUAAAGGAUGCACUUUUUCCCCUCCAAAAAUGAAGGGGAAAUGUGUGUGCGUCCUAUGGGGCGAAUGCAGGCUUUCGCUGAAGCCUGGAGAGUGAGAGGGGUCGGUGCGCACCGACCCCUCUCGCUCUCCAGGCUUCAGGAAGCUAUCCGCAAGUCUUGCAAGCCCGGCGGGAGGUCCCGCGGGCUCGCAAGGCUUGCGGGCAGCAGCCUGCAGCCCAAAAGCUCGGGGGACAGCGGGGAGGCGCAGCGCCGCCACCCCGCUAUUCCCCGACCUGAUCUGGAGGCUGGCGGGAGCUUGCUUCUCCCCCCUGCCAACCCCACAAGCUCGGGGGAUAGCGGGGAGGCGGAGCGCCGCCACCCCGCUAUUCCCGGACCUGGUCUAGCCCCACAAGCUUGGGGGAUAGCAGGGAGGCGGAGCGCCGCCACCCCGCUAUUCCCCGACCUGAUCUGGAGGCUGCGGGGGGAGAAGCAAGCUUGCUUCUCCCCCCGCCAGCCCCACAAACUCGGGGGACAGCGGGGCAAGCCGCUGCCCCACGGAGGCUAGAGAGGCUGUCCCUGAAGGCAGAAGAGGGAGACGGAGCGCUCCGUCUCCCUCUUCUAGCUUUGGGAUGGCUGCGCAAACCUGGGGGGGAAAUAAAUUUUUUUCCCUUGAUUUCCCCCCAAAAAAACUUGGUGCGUCCUAUGGGCUGGUGCGUCCUAUAGGGCGAAAAAUACGGUAUACAGCAAGAAGCCCUCAUUCCUUUCUUUGGUAACACCGUGAUAAAUGUAGGCCCCUCCCUUCAUAAAAAUUUUUGACUUCAUGGGAUGUUUUGAUAUGCCAGACAAUAAGUAGUUAGCAAUACUUGUGCAGUCAACCAACAUCUCAACCUGCUUGGCAUAUCUUGUAGAAGAUGUGUGAGCUACACCAAAGGCCCUUGUAAUAACUCCUAUAACUUAGAAGGUGCGUGGAUGACUCAAGCCUGCUUCACAAGAUGGCCCUGAUGACCAAUGGAAAAAUACAAUGGGAACUAUUGAAUUCUGGCUUCUUUCGAAAGUUGGUGGUUCUUGUUUUUGUGAAUUGUAUUAGCAGACUUCCUUGUUUAGAGUACUGGAGGAAAUCAUUACUGGUUUGGGAAGAACCUUCUUUGAAAAUCGAAACCAUCAACUUAUGUUGCAGUUCAGUCUGUUCAUUUCCUAGGUGAACCUUCAAACUUCAGACACUUCUGCAAGAUAAAUUCUUGGCCUUCUCAGUUCACUGCUAUCUAACGUUGCCUUCACUUCUCCAACAUUAUAGCAGAGACUUAGGUGGCUCAAACUUACUGUGGUUUACGGAAACACAGGAAAGGCAGGAGCUUCCUGCAUAUAAAACAUGACCUUGCAAGCUGACCUAGCUGAACCUAAUCUUCCACUUCAAAAUGUCAUCCAGAACAGGAAAAACAGCUGUAUCUCCAAGGUUUUCAAACUGGCUUUGAUCAAAUUCAGACAAGAAGGGCUUGGUGAGAGUAAAAAGCUGUCUUCCUAUUAACAAUAUUGGAUGCACUCUUCCCAGCAAAUGACGUCUCUUAGGUCAAGUCUUCAUCUCUCUGCCUCCUGUGUCAGCAAUAUAGAGAAUGCUGAAGAUAACAAGUUGGCAGCUCAGUCUGCAGUUACGCUUCUGUGGUGUGAGAUUUCUCAAGCUGUUUGAACAGCCGAGGAUCACAAUUAAUUUCCUGUGCGACUUAAUUGUUGUGAAUUUAAAGCAUUUCUCUUCACUUGCUCAUGGGUGUCGAAACAAUGCACCUAACAAAUCAACAACAUAUUAUUCAUCCUUCUGGGUCAUUGCACAACGGCCUGGUCUGACCUCCUAGUAGAAUAUUUCCAAGAAUGUUAUAGGAUUGAUACCUGCCCAUGAGAAAAAAUUCCCUACCCCUCUCCCUCGGCUGUUUGUAGGCACUGGUGACUUGAAAGAACUCAUCCCAGUUGGCAGAAAGUCUGUUUUGCUUGGAGUAACAAUCUUUUCCUGGUUGUUUGGGACAAAUAGAUGGCAGUUCAUAAUGGAAGCUCCAUGGAAGCAAAACUUGUAUAAAAGGAAAAUGGACAUGAAGGCUAUUUUCCUUCCAUCCACUGCUCAUCCAUGUGCCCCCCCCCAUUCUUCCUCUCUUUUUAAAAACACACACACCAAAACUUUCACUUAAAGUUUUCAACAUGAGCUGUGCAACCCAAUCCUUAGCUUGAUAAUUCUAUUCUAUUUAUUUAUGUAUUUCAUAAAAUUUAUAUACCAAUUGAUUGUUUAAAAAAACAAAAAACCUCAGAGCAGGACAAAACAAUGACAUUAUCAGUAAAAAAACACAAAACACCAGUUAAAAACAGCUAUUUUAAACACUUUAAAAACAAGCAAACUCCACAUUAAGCUAAAAUCCAGAUUAAAGUACCUGUUAUCAUUCUACAUAUCUGGAUAGGCUUGCAAAAAAAACCAAAAACCUUUUUGCAGGCACUACGAAGAAGUGCUGUGAAGGCGCCUGCCUGUUGUCAAUUGGCAGGGAGUUCCAGAGGUCAAUUUUGUACAGAUGCGGAGUGAGUAUUACAUGCCACUGUUCUGCAGUGUGGAGCAGUCGAGUGGGUAUGUAUGGGGUAAUGUGCUCUUGCAGGGAAACUGUUCCCAAAAUAUUAAGGUCCCAAAUUAUACUAAAGGUAAGACCUUGAACUUAGCAGUAAGCUUCACCGAGCUCUGUGGGACUAAUUGCAAUGUGCAUGGAUUUCAUCUUUAUAUCUUUCUCUCUUUUUUGCUUUUUAGGAAAUCCCAGUAAUCCCUUUUCUUCUCUCGCUUUCCUUCCAGUUGGUGAGCCUGCUGCUGAUUGGAAUCGCAGCGUGGGGCAUUGGUUUUGGCCUCAUCUCCAGCUUUCGGGUGGUCGGAGUUGUCAUUGCUGUGGGGAUAUUUCUCUUCCUGAUUGCUCUGGUGGGGUUGAUCGGCGCCAUCAAACACCACCAGGUGUUGCUCUUCUUCGUAUCCUUUGACCUGGGCAGUUUGUCUAACACACGACCCAUUUUCCACGGAGCUAUUUGUAACCCUAUUUUCCCCCUUCAUCUGCCUCGACGACUCCUUGCAUUGCACCUCAGUCUAAAUGUGCAGAGUCACCUAAAGCACAAGGAACAUUGAUCACAUGGUUGGCCCUUGACCCAGUUAUGACAUUUUUAUUUUUUUCCCAAAAAAAGCUGUUUCGUAAAGCAAACAGUUCUCCACCUAUAAAUGGAUCACAAGACGGUGGUGGUACAACUGGUUUCCUUGAAAUAGUUACAGAUCACCGAUAAGGAAUGCCAGCUUGUUUUCUGGGCUUUCUGAAGCAAUUAUAUAUCUUACGCUUCCUGCAGCAAUCCUGUUUUCUUCUAGAAGGCAGCACUGCUUAUGUCACAGACAAGAUUGUAGGGUGCAUACUUAGAAGCCCAGUGAGAGAAGAAUUCUUGUACAUGGGAGACCUGCUUGCCCUUUCCCAGCUGCCUAAAAGCCCUGCUUGAAUUACUUAUCUAGCUGCUUCCCAGCUGGAGUAGAUUUAUCAUGUACAUAUACUGGCUAUGGCAUGAUCUGUCCACUGCUAGACUUUUCAUCCAUGCAUUUCCUCCCUACAGAAAGUGCAUUUAGACUUGCAAGUGUCCAGUGUAUGCCUAAAAUUAACAUUUAAAGCCGCCUCUGGGAUAGUUUCGGAGUUAGUGACAAGGGACAGGGACUUUUUGGUUGUGACCUUCCACUUAGGGAAUAAUUUUCCCAGUGAGGCCCACCUGGUGCCAACAUUCCUGUCUUUUCAGCACCAGAUUAAGACACUCCUCUGCUUAGAUUUGCUGGUCUGUGGUGGACUGUUCAUUAUUAACUACCAGCUUCUAAUGGUCUUUGGUUAUUGAUUAUGUAUUGUGCUGAUAUUGAUUGUGCCAACCUUUAUGGGGCAAGGUGUGUUUGUAGUUUGUGUGUGCAUAAUAUGAAUUAUUUGUUUUUAUUGCCUCGUUCUAAAUUUUGGAUGUUUUAUACUUUUGUAAGUUGCGAUGUCUGGGGUUUUUUUUAAAUCGCAUGAGAAAUAUGAUGAUAAAUGUUAAUAUUAAUUAUAUAUUUUUUUAUUAAUAACUCGCAUCAGCCCCAGCCAGUAUGAGCAAUGGUCAGGGAUGAUGAGCAUUGCUAUCCAGCGAGCUAUAGAUUCUCCACCCCAAUGUAGGAAAAAUGAUUUUUAUUUAUUUUUUAAUUGUAAAAAUAUUUAUAUUCCACUAUUGCAUUAAAAAAAAGCAAAGUGGUUUACAACAAUAAUACAUAAAAUCGUGCAAAUAAAAUAAAAAAUAAAAAAAAUCAGCUCACUGUUAUGGAAAGAUGUGUUCUUAAUUGCCUGCGUAGGCCUGGUGGAAUAGAAGAGUUUUCAGCAAAGGUUUAAAAGUUGAAACAGAAGGCACCUGAUGAAUGUCUGUUAGCACAGUAUUCCCCAAUAUCAGGUCCAAGACAUGAAGGACUCUAUUUCUUUGUCAUCAUGAAAUGGGCUUCCACCAAUUUGGGUAACAGCCAGUGAUCCUCCCUGUAGAUGAUUCUAUAGCUGGGAAGAAAAGUGGUUACUCACUAAAAUACUUCAGGUUACAAUCCCAGAUUCACUUACUUGGGGUAAGUCCCAUUGAACUUGCACUCAGUGGGGCUUACUUCUGAGUAGACAUGCAUAGAAUGGCUCAUCUGACUGCUGCCAGCAUUUUGGACAGAAUGGUGUCAGUAGAGAGUUUGCCCCCUACACCAUCCCACCCUUUCUUUGAUAAGAAACAAAAUACCUUCUUUCUGCUUAAAAAUGAUUGAUGGGUAAUAAAUCCCGCCCUCCAUUGCAUUUGUGUCAUGUGGGGGCUUAGCAAAGGCACUUCCAGUAAUGAGGCUUAGGAAUGCCACUUGUCAGUAGAGGUAAUAUGAAGAAAUGAUUGAACCAAGAUUGAUUAAAGAGCAACUUGAUCCAAGGCAGGCAGACUGGCAGGCUAGUCAAUCAACCAAAACAGAGAAUAGUCUAGAGUAGAUUGUUUCUGAUUCUCCCCUUUAAUGGCACCAGAAAAAAAUCCUCUUGUCUUUGAUGAUUACCUUACUUUGCCUCUUGAUUGGACUCCAUCUCUUCCAAGCCAAGAGAGCCAAGUUUCUUGGCUAAAGAACCCCAUUUCGUGCAUACAGUUAACUUUGCGUUUUCAUUAAUGAUACACAUGAUCUUGUUGACCUUAACUACGUAACUUCAGUAUAUGAUUAUUCUCUUGCUAGUGUUUAUUAUACAGUUUUCGGUCUCCUGUGCUUGUUUGACAUUGAACAAGGAACAGCAGGUAAGCGAUGGCUUGUGACUUCUUUGCCUAAAACCGCUCAUAGCCGUGGCUAAAUCUGUGUGCUGCUUUUCCAUAUAGAAGCGCCUAGAGUGUCUUGCAACAGGGCAAGAGCAGGAAUAUGUGUUAUUGCUAGAAAUAAUCUUGUAACUAUUCAAUUCAAAACAUACAAAGCAAUCAAAAUAGUUUUUCUCUAGUAGCAUUUAAAAUUGGUUAAAGAGUAGGCAAGUGCAAUCAUUAAAACUCAUUGUCCACUGAUAAGAUCAAGUUUCAAUUAUACAAGCCCAAGAUACUGGGCAGUGGGUGGUGCUGUGGUCUAAACCACUGAGCCUCUUGGGCUUGCCGAUUAGAAGGUUGGCGGUUUGAAUCCCUGCGACAGGUUGAGCUCCCGUUGCUCUGUCCCAGCUCCUGCCAACCUAGCAGUUUGAAAGCACGUCAGUGCAAGUAGAUAAAUAGGUACCACUGUGAUGGGAAGGUAAAUGGUGUUUCCAUGUGCUCUGGCUUCCGUCACGGUGUUCCAUUGCGCCAGAAGUGGUUUAGUCAUGCUGGCCACGUGACCCGGAAAGCUGUCUGUGGACAAAAGCCGAGUUCCUCGACCUGAAAGUGAGAUGAGUGCCGCAACCCUAUAGUCACCUUUGACUGAACUUAACCAUCCAGGGGUCCUUUACCAAUGCCCUUUAUACUAUACUAUAGUUUAGUAUAGCAGAAAAAGCUAAAGGACCCAUGACAGUUAAGUCCAGUCGUGAACGACUCUGGGGUUGUGGCGCUCAUCUCAUUUUACUGGCCGAGGGAGCUGGCGUUUGUCCGCAGACAGUUUUUCUGGGUCAUGUGGCCAGCACGACUAAACUGCUUCUAGCAAAACCAGAGUGCCACACAGACAUGCCAUUUACCUUCCUGCCACAGUGGUACCUAUUUAUCUGCUUGCACUUUGGUGUGCUUUUAAACUGUGAGGUUGGCAGGAGCUGGGACUGAGCAACGGGAGCUCAUCCCGUUGCGGGGAUUCGAACCGCCGACCUACUGAUCAGCAAGCCCAAGGCUCAGUGGUUUAGACCACAGCGCCACCCGUGCCCCUCUAGUAUAGUAUAGUACAGAUUAACCAACAGUAUAACCAGUUACCAGCCCCAUGCAAGGGCCAAGACAGGAGCUAGUAGUUGGGUUUCUUACAGCUGUUAUGGGAUGAUGGUUGGUCAGCUAACUACUUUGCUCUCUUGCUCUGUAUGUCUUUCCUUCCUCCUGUGCUUGUGUUGUGGACAUCAAGAGGCCAGCCUUAAAGCUUGCCCAUUAACCCUCCUCCAUCUUCCCGAGACGGGCCAUCUGCAUCUGUCACUGAAGAAAAGAAUGGUCCCCUUUCCCAGCAGGCAGAUACAUGGCGUUAUAGAGCUACACAGCCACUGUCAUAUAUCACCCUCUCUCACACACAUAUGAACUGUCACAGCUGACACUUAUUCCUCCACCCAUUACCACUGAUGGCUGAAUGCUCUGCGUGCCACUUGGAAGCUACAGAGGGUCCAGGAAUUUUCAAAAGCUGCCACACACUUAGGUAUGGCCCAAGCCUCACACCCAUCAUAGCAGCCAUCAAGUUAACCAAUCUGACUCUUCCGUGUCAAUCUGACCCUCCUUCAAGAAGAAGGAUCUGAUUUUUGUCUUCCUUCACAUCUAAAUUUUGGGUUCCUCUACUUGCAGAUUAACUGACCCAAACAGAAAUUGGGAUGUGUACAACUUGAGAGAUCUAAAUAUCUGCUCUGUUAACCUAAUAUCUUUAAGGAUUUUCGCAUAGAGAGUUGGAAGUGGCUUCUGCACGUAGCGCUGUUUAUUCUGCUGGUUUUUGCCACAACGACUCAGGAAAGUGAUUUUGCAAUUGUCAUAGAAAGCUCAUUGAAAAGACCAACAUGAGUGUGCUGUAGCCAGGAAAGUAGUAAUGCAAAGAAUUGCCAGAUAAUCGAAAACAGCCCAUUUACUAGCACAUGGCAGAAGUUUAAAGGUUGUGUAACAGAGGAAUCCCAGUGCAACAGUUGCACUAGUGGAAGCUUGUUGCACAACAGCUCUUUUGUGCAAUCUGUUGUGUGACAACCUUUGGUAGUGUGCUUGCAAUUUGCUUUGCACAACAGUGUUCCACCAGUGCAACGUGUAUACCACAAAGGGACUUUAACUUAUCACUACGGUGGAUACAACCCUAAGUCCCAGGUGGUCAAAGGCAUAUAAAGAUAGGAGUGAAGAUAGGAGUGAAUGGCUGUGCCCUUCAUAAAGCUACAGGGAAACAUGAAUUUCUUCUGUGUGGUUAGUUCAGAUAAAAUGUCCAAUCUGGAACAAUGGUGAUAGUGCCGACACAUCUUACUAUAUAAUCAUGCUGGGGAAUAAGAACUGUCAUAUCAAAUGGUUGACAAAGAAAGGGUACCCCCCUUCUAAAUAACUUCUUUAUGUAUUCUAGAGCAAACUUCUAGAAGUUGGGUGGAACAACACAAACAAUGCCAAGCAGGAUAUCGAGAGGAAUCUAAACUGUUGUGGAUUCAAUAAUGUCAGUGAAGCGGACACAUGCUUGGCCGUGAGUAAACAACUCGGUUCCAUUUUCCCCUCCAAAGCCUGUUUUUAGAAGUACUGGGCAGCUAACUCUUAUCAAGUAUCCACAGUUGCCUGUCUUUGAAAGAAAUAAUUUGUUUAACUUGCAUGUGAGGUACCUGCAUUUUAUUGGAGUUUAAUCACACCUAGAGGGUUUUUAUAACUUUCAUAACCUUGGGACACUAGUUGCGAAUUUUGGCCAUUAAAUUAGCAGCACCACGAGGGUUUUGUUUUUUUGUUUUUUUUUUUGAGGGGAAGGACAUAAAUUAGAAGUAUCCCUUGUAUAAGGAAAAUGAUCUUGAUGCGUAGGGAUAUAUGACAUCUUAAGUGUAUUUAAUCUUUGCUUCGUUACAGAGCUGUGUUAAGCUACAGUCAUGUCGCCCAUGUGCACCAAUAAUCAAAGAAUACUCUGGGAUGGUGCUGAGAUUUGUAGGAGGCAUUGGACUCUUCUUUAGUUUCACGGAGGUAAGAAAAACACGGCUUUUGCUUUGUAAAAAGCAACAAGGUUUUUGGGGAGAAGCCUUCAGUGCUAAAUGUCUGACGUAAAAUAAUUGCAAGCUCUCCUCUUGAAUCAUUGCUACGGGUUUCUGUGGUGGCAAAAUUGUCAUUUAGUUGAUCAUUCAACUGAUUAUUAGUUUGUCAAGUAAGUUUGUCAAGUAAGUUACCACUUGGGAAAUAAUAAGGGUAUGUAUUUUUUUUUUUAAAAAAAAUCUGAACUGUUUCUGAAGCAUUGUUCAUUCGCUGCUUCCAUCUGCAAUUUGACUCCCGAAUUUGACGCCUGUGGAAACAAAAUACAAACCACCACAACCAAACAAAGUAGGUCCAUCAAGCUUGACAUCUACCAUUAUCUGCUCUAUGUAAAUACUUAUACUGUAGAUGUACACAGAGCUCUUUCAUGCAAGAGGAGUGUGGCCCAGUUAGAUGGAGCUCCCUUCACACACCAGCCAAGUAUGCAGACAGGGAUUUGCCUCCCUUGCUCACUGUUUCAGUACAACCAGAUGGUGGUCUGGCCCCCACUUGGUCUCCCGGGACAGCUAUGUUUACUAUGUUUUGGCUACUUAGGUAAAAUGUGGUGGUGGUAGGAUAUGGAACUUGAGAACUUUAUGAUCCCCAACAAAUGUUUUAUUUCCUCUCUUCUCUUCUUUUCUCUCCCUCCCCUCCCUUUCUUCAGAUCUUGGGUGUGUGGCUCACCUACAGAUACAGGAACCAGAAGGAUCCUCGGGCAAACCCUAGUGCAUUUCUUUGACCUGGAAACUUUCUCGGGGAACUGAAUAUUUCUUUUCCUGUGUUUUUAACCAUGAAUUCUCUACCAAUUGGCUGCUUUCCGCAUCAGCCUCGGCCUUGUGCACUUGAGAUAAGAUGGCCUGCCUACAGCUGCUUCUCAUCUUGGUUUUUCUUGUCUUGCCCUUGGAUUAGCUGGCUUGGAAUGUCACCUGUGCCCCUAAUCAGAAUCUGGAUACUUUAGGAAUGUGGGGGGAGUUUUGUAGGAGCUCUUCUCAUGUUACACUGUCCAACCCUGCAUUCUGGUCCUUGACAAUUGCUUGCUAUUGCCUUCGGUGGGCAAAGAGGAGAAAAGAGAUUUCUGAUCUGUUUCGUCUGCCAGAAAUUCUAUCUGAAAGAUCAGUUUUGAAUGCCCAAAGCUGCGUUAUGAAACCUGAUGUAAAUUAUGAUGCUGUUGUUUCCAACUUUGGUAUUAUGGGGUGUUAAAAAACCCCCACAACCACCACCCGAUAAUGUAGACGUCACGGGAUGUAGAAAAUCAUUUCCCACCCUGUGUUCUGCUUCUCCCCUUGUUUCCAUAGGCAAUGUGAAAACCUGUGUACAUUAGUUAGUGUUGUUCGUCUAUUUCAGAAUUGCCAUGGAAACGUAGUGAUUCCAUUCCAGAGCCCUGUUUUGUCAUUUCACCGCAUUAAUGGAUUGUAUGUGAGCUUCUUAAUUCACUGCAACUCUGUAUACACACACAUGAACACGUUGGACUGCAAUGGCUCCUUGCCAUUCAGAAUGGUUAAAAUUCAUAAUAGAUUCUGCAUUGACUUUAGAGUGUGGCACAAGGGUAGCCAAUGUAGUGCCCUUCAGGUGUACUGAAUUACAUCUCUCACCCCUGACCAUUGGGCCCUGCCAGCUGGGCUGGUAGAAGGUGGAAUCUGACAACAUCAGGAGGGCACCAGCUUGUUUACCCUUGAUACAGAGUUUAUCUUCAACACGCAACAAGUGAUGAUGAACAGGGAUAUGAAACUUCAUUGUAUUACCCAAUAACUUGCAUUUGAAUGACCUGUGUGUAGUUUAAAGUGGCUAAAAGAGAGAAUAAUGUUUAGUUAGCUUGUCACACUAAGAAAAACUAGUCUUGAUGCCUAGAGUUCUCAUAUAAAUUUAAUCGGUGUAGUAAGUUGUGAUACUGCUGUUGGUCUUUAACUAAUUAUGCUCAGUCAUUGCUAUUUAAAAUACUUUUACCGCACUCGGUAUUUGAAAUAUUUGAUCGUAAAUGUGAACUAGAACAUUACAGUUAUGUAUCUUUGUAGCACAUGGAUAAAAAAAUAAAACUUUUUUUGGAAGUACGUU